UCUGAAAUUCAGAAAUUAAUCAAGGUUUCUAAUGAUAUGGAACGAAUAGGGAGCUCAGUUAUUUGAAGUCGUUUUAUCGGAUAAGUUAUUAUUUUGAAAGAGAUUGGAAUAAUUGAGAAAGUGAAAUGUUGGUUUUUCCUCUUAUGAUUAUUAUUCUUUUUGAAGCUCAUGUUUAUGCAGCACUUUCAAACGAUGAUGACUGGACAGGUCAGGUAUUUCCAGAUAUAAAUAAAGAAAGUCCAAGCGACAAGGAAAUACUAAAAGAUCAUCAUGGUAGGAUUCCUAUGGGUGUAAAAAAUUCUAAGUGUGAUUGGGGUGAGGAUCCAAAAGAAUUCGAUGGUGAUUUAGGACCUCAAAGUUACAUAUGUGUAAAUAGUAAAUCAGCUUUCAAGCCUGAUCCAACAAUACACCCAAUUUUAAGGAAAGACUACAUUCCAAAAGGAUUCAUACCAUGGCAUCACUGCAUGAAUGAAACCAUUAUUUAUGAUAAAGUUAUUCCUACUUUUGGAGAUCAUAGACCGCUUUGGCCUAGGUUUGGAGAAUAUACAUUCUUACCAAAACAAAGGUGGGUUCAUAGCCUGGAACAUGGGUCCAUUGUAAUGCUUUACCAUCCUUGUGCAGAUAAAAACGAAGUCAAUACUUUGAGAGAUUUACUCAAAGGUUGCUUGUACCAGUAUGUUAUAACAGCCUUAAAUGAGUUGUCUAAAGAAAGGCCUUUAGCCUUAGUAGCUUGGGGAGUAAGUUUGGAAAUGUCGAAAGUGGAUAACAAAACUGUGAUUGAUUUCAUUCAAAAUCAUGCUCAUAAAGCUCCAGAAAAAGUGACUCUAGAUGGCCAAUACAAUAAAAAUUUGAUUGUUGCUGCUCCAACAGAUCUCCGAGGAAAAGAAGACCAUAUUUGCUCUAAUAAUUGAAAAAUGUGCAGUUAUAGACUGAAAUCGCUAUAUUAUUCAUACUUGCUUUUUCUCAUGACAUGGCGAUUAUAUUUAUUCUUGAAUGAAUAUAAACACUGAAUUUUUA